AUGAAAUUAAGCAUAAUUUUUUUUUUUUUUCUUUUAAUAUUCGUAAUUAAUUUUUUAAAGUGCGAAAAUGUUAAUAAUAAAAAUAUGAAUAAGAAGGAUGGGGCAAAUACAAAGAAAGGGGAGCAGAAAAAUCAGAAAACAGGGAAAAGUGAGGGGAAGGAAAAAAAUGGAAAAGGCAAAAAAUUGGAGGAGGCGAAAAACAAUUAUGAGAAGGCAAGCAAAAAUAUAGAAGUAAAUAGAAGUAUAGAUGAGGCGAAGAAAAAUGUAGAAGUAAAUAAAAGUAUAGACGAAGAGGAGAAGAAAAAGGAAAAAGUAAAUAAAGGUAAAGAGGAACAGGUAAUGAGAAAGGAAGAAGUAAAUAUAGUUAGAGACGAGAUAAAAAGAUGCGAAGAAGAGAAGAAUACAAUUCUUGAGGAAAUUAAAAAUGUUCAAAAAAGUUUUGAUGACUACACAACAAAAAGUAAUAAUGACCUAAAUGCAUGUAUAGCACAAAUGAAGGCAAGUCAAAAUGAAUUAAAUAUAUGUAAGGAAAAUGAAAAUAAGAUUAAUGGAAUAGUAAAAGAUAUGAGUAAUAAAUAUAAUGAAAGUUUAAAUAAGAAAGAAAAAGAUGCAUUCGAAUUAAAAGAAAAAAUUAGUAAUUUAGAAAAUAAAAUUGUACAUGUAGAAUCAAAAUUGAAUACUUGUACAAAGAAUUCUAAUAAUUUUUAUAAAAAUAAAUAUAAUAAAGAUGAUAAUUAUUUAAUUUCUUACGAUAUUAUGAUAAGCUAUUUUUUAAAAAUAUUUAAAAUAUAUAAAACGUUCUAUAUAAUAAUAGCAGAAAAAACAUUUAUGCAGAAAGUAUUAUUUCAGAUGGUAUAUUGGAAAGAUGUGAUCAUAAAAAAUGUGCAAGAAUAUGGUCUUCUAGUUAUUUCACAAUUAUAUUUAUAUGGAAAAGGUAUAACACAUAGCAAUUUUGCUAAUCGAUCAAAAACAUUUUAUCAGAAUUCUCCUCUAGAGCUAUAUGUAACUUUAGUAAAAGACAAAAUUGUUUAUUUUGCAUUAUCAACAAAAACAUUUUGUAUGAAAUAUAUAAAUUAUAUCAUACCACAAUUGUUGUCUUUCAAAAAAAAUGCUGUAAAUAAUUUAGAUGUCUUUGUUCAGAAACUGCAUAACAAUUCACACAUUUUGGUAAAUAAGCUAAAUACCAUAAACCCAGAAUUGAAAGGAAUCAUACCUACAGAUUUAUCAGACCAAAUCAUUCUUUUAAUAUUCUUUACCUUAGUUAAUGUUAUACAUUUAUAUAUAUUAUUUUAUGUAUUAUUUUUACUAUACAAUUUUAUUAAAAGAGUACUAGUUUUUCUGUUUACAUGGAUUUGUUUUAUUUUUUCAAUUAUUUAUGAAUUUACCAUCUUUGUGAUGACACUACCAGUUAGACCUUGUAUGCCCAGAAAAAAUAGUAAAAAUAGAAAAACAUAUAAAAAACACGAUGAACAAAUGUAUAGCAACCCAGAGAGGGUCUCCUACCAGCAGCAGGAAUUCAAAAAAAUGUACAAAAAUCAAAAUGUUCACCAGAGAAAAUUCUGA